AUGGACGUGGAUUUCGAGCUUCAGUCAUCACGUUAUACGACAUUAAAGUCAUCUACACUUCAUAGUGUUGUUAAAAGUCGGAUUGAUUUAGAUCGCUAUUCAAGUGUUGCUGCACCUUAUGGUCCAAGUGAUCCAAUUGCUAGCAAUUACUUUCAAGUUGUCAUUAGUAAAGCUAAAGCUCCAAUAGUAUGUGGUGAUGCAGGACCUAUUAAAGGGAAAGCGAUUUAUGCUGAAAAGGAUCUACCAAAAGCGACAAGAAUAUGGACGGAAUCCCCACUUGUGGCAAUGCAACAUGAACGUAAUCGGAAAAUCGUCCCAUGCUGUCAAUUUUGUUAUUUGCCAUUACUAGAAGACACAUCACAUCAAUGGCGUGAGAUUGUAACACGUUAUAAUGCUCAACAGAUUCCAUUUGUAACAACAAGACCAAACAAUGAUCAAAAUGAAGAAACAAGAGCAGAGAUCGAUAUGGAACCAGUACAGGUAGAUGCAUUGAAAAAAACACUCGAGCUAUUACGGAUUACGCCACAAAGCUGUGGUAUGGCGAAAGCAGAAGCAAAAUGUGCAUGUGGUGAACUCUAUUGCUCCAAAUUGUGUCGAAUGCGAGCAUUGCAUGAGUUUCAUGCUAUUUUGUGCCCACGUAAGGAUCCAUGCUCGGCCAUGGGUGCAUUUCAGGAACACACACGCCACACGAACGAUAUUUUUUUACUUGCAGCAAAAGUUAUUGCUCGCGUGCUUUCGCGGUAUUUAGUGUGGCGAGAUAUUGUCAAGGCACGAGAACCGAUUGAUAUGUUUUACAAGAAACCGUGGUGGGAGGUGGUUGUUGUCGAGCAUGACGAACCUAUACGAAUGGCACGUGCAUAUCAAAGCAGUGAGGAAAUGUCACGUCAGAUUACUACAAGUGGCAGCGAUGAGACAAACAGCGAUAGUAGAGAUAGCAGCAAUUACGACGAAGGUUCUCCAAAAGACAUUAAAGACAUUGACGACGAACCGAAAGGUGCCAUGCCCGAAGCUAACAGCAGUACAAUUGCUCAAGUACACAACUUACAACAGGGACUGACGCAAGCAAAAGAGAAAGAAGGCGAUUGGAUGGCAGAUACUAGUGGUACUUUGGGAAAUGGAUCGACGAAGGCGCAAUGUCUGCAGGAAGUGCUCACGAUGACGCACCAAUUACUAAUUGAUGCCUUAGAGUGCAAUUUGGUGCGACUUGAGCGGGAAGGCCAACUGCGUGGUGUGACGGUGGAGGAGAUCUGGCGUCACUGUUCAAGCCUUUUGAGUUUCGAGUUUUUCACCGCUCAGAUCGGCCUUUUCGAAAUGAAUAAUAUCAGUAUGGAGGUUGAUCAUCCGUUCCGUGCCUUCAUAGAUAUCCUAGAUCCAGACGUGCAGCAGGAAGUGACCGCAGGAGGUACUGAUGGUCAACACAAUCGAGCGUCGCCUCAGCUAAACAGUGAGGAACAGGCUUUGAUUGCUAGCGUACGACGCGUGCUAGAAUGGGAAGAAGAACGCAUACAGAUACUUCAGAAAAAGGAACGCCUGGCAAGGAAUCGCAACAAAGUGGAUCCUGGCUUUGAUCCGUCGAUGCCUCUGGGCUAUCCUUGUAUUGAAGGCACUGCGCUCUUCCCAAUCAUUUGCACCAUGAAUCACAGUUGCGACCCAAAUUGCACAGUGCUGUACACGAAGAAUGGUGACGGACACGUAGUUGCUAUCCGUGACAUUCAAAAAGGUGAGGAGCUCUGUAUCUGCUACAUCGAUGUUGACAUGGAUGUGAAAACGCGUGAAGCAAACUUGCGCGAGUACAAGUUUAAAUGCUUUUGCCCGCGGUGCGUUCUGGAGCGACAACGGUCUGAGCAAGACUAUUGUGCAAGUUCUGAAACAGCUCAGCGAACGAGUCCACGUGCAGGUAAGCAAAUUCGACGUUCUAGUUCUGGAAACCAAAAACAGAAAAAGAAAUCCAAGACGAAAUGCAGCAACCAGGGGCGGUGA